UGGAACAGAGCAGAGCGGUAAAAGAUGUAAGUUGUUUUAAAGCCAUAUGGAGAUCGAAUAGAGAGAUAGUUACUAACAAGCAUGGGGGAAAAGCCCUUAUGGAGAGUAUAAACUAUAUGGACACCGAGCUGGAGAUCAUCAGUCUUUCGAAUGAUAUUGCCAUUUCCAACUACCAUAACUUCUUGUACGGCGUCAACAGCAUAAUAUUUGUUAUGGAUUCUGCAAAGCUUUCAGUGGAGUACUUGGACCGCGUUAAAAGCAUACUGACAAAUUUACAACUUGAUCAAGAAGUCUCUCCAGAAGCUGGAAAGAAGAUGAAGUUGUUGUUACUAUUGAAUAA